AUGGCCGCGUUGACACCUUCCGCACGACGUGGACACCUUCCGCACGGGGUGCCCGCGUGGAAAUCUCACGCACGGAACUUUGAAGUGCAAGGCGCCGUCGUGGACACCUUCUGGGUGGCCGCGCCGUCGCCGCGGGGAGGGCCGCAGCGUCGCCACUGCAGCUGCUGGGGCCUGGGGAAGAAGGACUCACCGCCGCCUGGGAAGGGGAAGGGCUUGCCGCCGCCAGGGAAGGAGCGCCGCUCGAGGCAGCAGCAGCGCGUCGUGGGCGCCGUGACCCGGAGCGCCAUCCCGCUACUUGCGGCCGGGACCACGCGGACCUCUGCCGUGCAGCAUCCAGUGCCGCCGCCGGCUGCAACACCCCGAGCGGGCCCCGUUGGACGCGCGGCAGGGGAGGUCCGCACCAUCGACCCGCCUUGGCCGGCGCAUCUGGCCGCACCAACGCCAGGGGCCGGGCGGCUGGCCGCGCCGAUGCCGGGGGCCACGCAUCUGGCGCCGUGGUGGGGAGGGGCCGCCGCGGGCCGUCGUAGGGAGGGGGCGUCGGGAUGCAGUGGGGCCAAGCGAGGUGCCCGGACGGCGGACCCCAUCUGCUCGUAA